GUGUACAUAACUGCAUUUCAUCAAACGUUUAAAAUUAAGCUGUACAAAAACGUUGUUAAAAUGGCUGGGAGAAUGGGACUACUUUUGUGGUUUAUAUUUUUCUUUGUUUUAACAGAAAGCAAACAGCCCUCGGUGACUACCUGUGUCGGAGUUAUUUUAGGAACUGAACGGAAGGCACACUUUCGAGACCGUGAGUACACUUUGGAUGAAUACCGAGGCAUCCCUUAUGCAAAACCUCCAGUUGAAGAACUACGAUUUAAACGACCAGAGCCAUUCGGAUACUUUCCAGAAGCAUUCAACGCAACAAGGCCUGGCAUUUUGUGCCCUCAAACAGAUUUUUUAAACAUGGGAAUGCGAUCAACCACAGAGGACUGUCUGGUACUGAACAUAUUUGUACCCCAAGCUUUAACGGAUCAGCCCCAAGGUUAUGCUGUGAUGGUUUGGAUUCACGGAGGAGGUUUCAACAUUGGAUCUGGAGGCGAGACGCCCGGCCCUGUCUUUGCCGGGCACAACAACGUCAUCGUUGUAACAAUCAACUACAGACUGGGGGUAUUUGGCUUUCUGAGUCUUGGUGACGAGAGAGCGAAAGGUAAUAUGGGGCUAUUGGACCAGCAUUUGGCUUUAAAGUGGAUCCAUAACAACAUUGAUUCAUUCGGCGGCGAUCCUAAUAGAGUUACAAUCUUUGGAGAAUCCGCGGGUGGGAUGAGUGUCCAUUUGCAAACUAUGUUCCCUAGCAACAGAGGUUAUUUUCAGAACGCAAUUAUUGAGAGCGGAGUUGCUUUGCAGCCUUGGAUCUUUAAAGAUAUUACCGAAAAUAUAGAGACUGCCCGGCAGAUGGCAAAACAUCUUGGAUGCUCUGGUGAGAAUACAGAUGAAGUACUUAAGUGCUUACAACAGGUCACUAGCGAGCAUUUAAUUAAAACUCUUGACAGUCAGAUUGCCAAUGCUGGCGAAUCCAUGGACUUUUCGUUUUUCCCCGUAGUUGAUGGGGAAUUCAUUAAACGAUUUCCGGCUACUAUAGUGCGAGAGGCUCGAGAAACAGACAAUGAAGAGGUCCAGUUUAUGAGAGAAAUUAACUAUAUAAACGGCAUGAAUGGUCGUGAAGGAGCUUGUUACGCCUUAAUUUUGCCCUACAACGGAUCUAUUGACAAUGUUAAAUUAAGCAACGAUGACUGGACAGGCUCCUAUCUUCCCGAUAUGCUUAAAAUGAUAUACCCAGACCAAGAAAUCCCAGCUGCUAUUAAAGAACUUAUUGCUGCAGAAUACACAAACUGGGAUAAUCCAGAAGAUGCCAUUAACAUGUUCAUUAAGUUCACAGGUGACACGAAUUUCAAUGUUCCUGGCAUUGUGACCAGUCUUGCACAAGCCAACCAGACUGAACCCAAAGGUGGAAGCUGGUUGUAUAGCUUCGCCCCAGUAUUGGAGAAGCAUUACCUAGACACGCCCUCCUGGGUUCCACAGGCCAACCAUGGAGAUGAGAUUGCCCCUAUGUCGGGGUACAGCCCGGAACUGCUUGCACAGCUUAAGAUGUUUGACUACACCCCGCCUGACUGGGAAUUGGAUCUCUCGGAAAGAAUGAUGACUUACUGGACAAACUUUGCCAAAUACAGUGACCCAAAUGGAAAAGGACCUGUUACAUGGCCUAGAUUUAACAUUGACACUUUAGAGUACAUAAUAUUGGACAAACAAGAUUCCACGGGUCAGCGUAUUUAUGCGCGAGAGGUGGAGUUCUGGGAAAAAGUAGUUCCUGGCUUGUUUGACGCCAUGAAAGAAGAGAGUCACGAUAGUGGAUCUCCUUUCCGAGAACAGUCAACAGACACGUGUGAGAGGGAUGGAAACUGUGGAUAAAUUAUCUUGUCCUGUUA